GUCUGCUCCAUCUGCUGCCAUGUUGGAUGUACGCAUCGCUGCUGCAGCCGCUGGAGCUCCUGCUGAAAGUUGAGCGUUUAUCUGCGCACAGACUCCUCCUGAGACUUUAGUCUGCCUUCCAACACCUAAAGGGGACCCGAAGGAUCUUUAGAACUAUCAGGACCAGGUCUGGAAACACCCUCACCCUACCCCCCUGACCUCCUCCUCCGCCCUCCAGCUCUGGGACUCGGACUGGAGAUGAUCCGGUUGCAGGCCACAGCAACCGGAGCCCGCAUGGAUUUUGUGUAAUUCCAAGUGUUUGCUGAGUCCUUCUUCAAGGAUAACAACCUGCAUCGUGUUGGGAGUGAACUAAGACCUAAACCCAGAGCCAUGAACAGCCACGCACCGCCACGCAGGUCUGCCAACGUGGGCUCCAUCCUCCUGACCCCGCAGGAGAACGAGGUCCUGUUCGGGUACCUGGGCAGGAAAUGCGCUACUCUGUGUUCGGCGGUGGUCCAGGUGUACGGAGCCGAUCGGAGCUGCAGCUGGGUGAAGAGGUGCUGCGGGGUGGCCUGUCUGGUCAAAGACAACCCACAGAGGUCCUACUUCAUCCGAGUGUUCGACAUCAAGGAAGGGAAAACCAUGUUUGAACAGGAGCUGUACCACAACUUCUCCAUCAGCAGCGCCAGAUCCUACUUCAUCUCGUUUGCAGGAGAUGCGUGUCAGAUCGGUCUGAACUUUGCGAGUGAAGAAGAAGCCAAAAGAUUCCGAGCCGCCAUCAACGACCUGCUGAACAGACGGCAGCGCAAAACAGAGAAGAGAGGUGACCCUAAAAAUGGUCCAGCUCUGCACAUGGCCACGGUGGACAUCAAGAACCCGGAGAUCAACAACGUCCGAUUCCACAACUCCCACAGCCACCAGCAGCCGUACCACCUCAACAACAUGCUGAGCCACAGCGGGCUGAACCGGAAGGACAAGAAGACCAAAGGCAAGAACAAGAAGAAGCUGACCAAGGCGGACAUCGGCACGCCCAGCAACUUCCAGCACAUCGGUCACGUGGGCUGGGAUCCAAACACAGGUUUUGAUCUGAACAACCUGGACCCGGAACUGAAGAACCUCUUUGACAUGUGCGGGAUCUCUGAGGCUCAGCUGAAGGACCGAGAGACGUCCAAGGUCAUCUACGACUUCAUCGAGAAGAAGGGAGGAGUGGAGGCCGUCAAGAACGAACUGAGGAGGCAGGCACCCCCUCCACCUCCAUCUCGCGGCGGCGCCCCUCCUCCACCCCCUCCCCCUCACAGCACCGCUCCACCACCCCCUCCUCCUCCCCCUUCCAGAGGAGGCCGUGGAGCUCCUCCGCCUCCUCCUCCAUCCAGAGCCCCCGCCUCGGCACCUCCUCCUCCACCUCCCACCAGACCAGGAACUCUGGGUGCCCCGCCUCCCCCACCGCCUCCCAACAGAGGAGGUCACCAGCCUCCUCCGCCUCCCCAUCAUCACCACCAACACCACCACCACCACCACCAGCCUCCCCCUCCUCCUCCCCCUCCGUCACAUUCAACCAUCGCCCCACAAGCUCCUCCACCUCUGCCUCCUCCACCUGCUCACCACUCCCCUGUAAGCACAGGAGGCAGCUCGGCCCCGGCCCCGCCUCCCCCGCCUCCUCCUCCACCCCCACCUCCCGGCCCUCCUCCGCCUCCAGAGCUGGACGGCAUCAGCGGAGGCGGAGACUCUCCUCACUCACCAAGCCCCGGUGGGAAGUCGGCGCUGCUGGAGCAGAUCAGAGGAGGAACUCAGCUGAAGAAGGUGGAGCAGAACAACCGGCAGCCUGCGUCGGGCGGGGGACGGGACGCCCUGCUGGACCAGAUCAGACAGGGGAUCCAGCUCAAGAACGUGCCAGACCAUCCAGAGUCCAGCCCUCUGACAGCGGCUCCGACCGCAGGCAUCGUCGGCGCCCUCAUGGAGGUGAUGCAGAAGAGGAGCAAAGCCAUCCAUUCCUCAGACGAAGACGAGGAUGACGAAGAAGACGAGGACUUCGAGGACGACGACGAGUGGGACGACUAGCUCCUCCUCCUCUCCUGCACCCUCGGCUCCUCCUCCUCCUCCUCCUCCUCCUCCUCCUCCUCCUCCUCCUCGCCUCGCGUUGACACUAAAAUAUCUUCUAAAAAUCUUCCAGCAUCUGACUAAAACUGUAAUGUAAAUGUUGUAUGAAUUGGCUGUAUAUUUAUUUUUGCCUUUUUUCUUUUUUGCUCUUUCUGUUUUUUACAAUGAUUAAUCUGUGCAAUACCUCAUCUGUUCAUCACACACCCUCCUCCAUAGAGACGCUACACUCCCCCUCCUCCCUCCCUCCCUCCCUCCGGGACAUCCUGUCAUUAGAAAGCACUUAACACCUCCAUCGUCAGCACAAAGUGGAGACGCAGCCGAUCAUAGAUAAUCAUUACUAUCACACACGAGCUGGUCAGCUGAGCUGCGUCUGAACUGGAGUCUUCGUGACUCGUGGGAACUUUCUCUCUUUGUCUUCUUUGUGUUUUUUCAUUCCUAGUCUAAGAAACUGAAAAAGGGAGACACGUGUGACAAACAGGCGGGAUCCUCUUUGUGUUUAACCAGAUAACACUAUUUUCCUACCCUUGAGUUUCCUAACGAAGCGUAGUUUAGUCGUGUUCUUUUCGUCAUGACCAAAAGGCGGCGGCGGCGGCUCAGUCGCUCCACUCUUAGUUUGAUUUUUUGUUUAUGAAAUGAAAGCCGUUCAUUUGCACAGUUUCUAUGAUAGUCCAGUUUGGUGUCGUUUCGAGUGCGUGCGUCUGACUUUAAUCUCAGAAAUCUGACUUUAAUCUCAGAAUUCAGACUUUAAUCUCAGACUUUAAUCUCAGAAUUCAGACUUUAAUCUCAGAAUUCGGACU